CCACUUCUCCCAGCAGCAUCUUCAAAAUCAAACCAUCUCUCUAUCUACAAAGUCACAAUCCCUAAUUCAAAACCCCUCUUUUCAAAACCCUAGAAACACCCAAACGCUCAUCCCAAUUUCUCUCAAUUGCUCUCACAUGGCGGCUCGAGAGCAAGCGCUCUCGCUCCUCGCCGCUGCCAACAACCACGGCGAUUUGGCAGUCAAGCUCUCGUCUCUCAAACAAGCUAAAGACAUUCUUGUCUCGAUUGAACCGUCUCUCGCUGCUGACUUGUUUCCGUAUCUCGCUGAACUCUCCUCUUCCCCGGAAUCUCUCGUUCGAAAAGCUGUUGUCGAGGUUGUCGAAGAGAUUGGAUUAAAUGCUCGGGAACAUUUUCUGAUACUAAUGCCAACAUUAUUGACAUCAGUGAGAGAUAAUGACUCUACUGUUGCAACAAAAUCUAUCACUACUGGGGCACAUAUACUAGGCAGUGUGUUAUAUGAGUUAUCGUUGCAGUUUUACCGGCGUGGUAUAGUUGAGAGGUGGCUUGAAGAGCUUUGGUCGUGGAUGAUUAAAUUUAGGGAUGCCGUGUUUGGCGUUCUGUUGGAGACCGGUCCUGUUGCAAAGAAGUUACUAGCAGUAAAAUUUUUGGAAACAUACAUCCUCUAUUUUACAUAUGAUACUGAGGAUCCUGGAAAAUGUAAUCUUGAAGCUGUCUUGCAAAUGGGACGACCUUUCAAUGUUUCAUGGCUGUUCGGCGGUCACCCUGCUAUAGACGUUGUUGCCUUGAUGUCAGAAUCUAAUAGAUAUAUUGGUGUUAUGUUGGAUAUAUUGAGAUCUGCUGGUGCCCCUCUGGGUUCUAUGACAAUUGCUAUUGUUAAUUGUCUUGCAGCUAUAGCAAAGAAAAGACCACUCCACUGUAGCUCAAUCCUUUCUGCAUUGCUGGAGUUUGAUCCAAAUUUUGAGACAGCAAAAGGAGCCCAUGCCCCUAGUAUUCAGUAUUCUUUAAGAACUGCGUUUUUAGGAUUCUUAAGGUGCAACCAUCCCGCCUUUUUAGAGUUUAGAGAAAGGCUGCUUAAAGCACUACGAGCAAUGAAUGCUGGGGACGCGGCAGAUCAGGUCAUGCGACAAGUAGAUAAAAUGUUAAAGCUUAACGAGCGUGCCACACGUGAUGCUCGGUUGCUGAAGGAUGAGCAAGCAACAAAUCAUUUGCCUUUUUCUGUAGAUUUAACAAGAAAAAGACAUUCUAAUACUGAGUUUCAAGCCAACAGCUUUGAUGUAGCUACCAAAAGGGCCCGUUAUGAUGUUAAUACUAGUGCACCCUCGCUAGUACAGACAAGUGAUUCUGGGCACAGUCUCUCUGUUAAUGGGAGUUCCCCUGGUGGUGCUCCUCCUUUAAAUAGUGACUUAAACCCUGUUGAACAAAUGAUUGGCAUGAUUGGUGCUUUGAUUGCCGAAGGAGACAGAGGAGCUGAAUCACUUAAAAUUCUUAUAUCUAAUAUUCAUCCUGAAAUAUUGGCUGAUAUCGUCAUAACAAAUAUGAAACACUUGCCCAAAAGCCCCCCACCAUUAAUUAGACUAGGGAGUCUGUCAACAACUCGGCAGAAUGGCUCUUCAAGUGGUGCAUUUCAGGUUCCACAGAUUGACACGUCAGUUGCAAAAACUCAAUCUGUACACAUGCCGUUUUCUUCACCUAAUACAAACAUCUCAUCGUUGUCCGAGGUACCUGCCCCAGUGAAUCCCACUCCAGAGUCGAAACGUGAUCCACGGAGGGACCCUCGUCGUCUUGAUCCUCGGCGUUCGACUGUACAGAAUUCGUCAAAUUCUCUUGAUAAUAAUACGAAUGUAACUAGUAGCGGCUAUAAAGAAUCGGAGCUUGAGGAUUUUAGACCUAUUAACAAGCCAGACACAAAUCCCAUAGUGACAAGUACUGAAAAUCAUUCAGCACCUUUUGUACCUGAAUAUGAGACUGACGUAUUUGGGACAAAUGCAUCUACUGUUUCUUCAGCUGAUGACAAAGCUCCUAAAGAUGGUGCUAUGGAAGUUGAAGAAACCAAAGAAGCUGUCCAUGAUGUUAGGGACAAUUUUUCUUCAGAUGAUCCACUUUCUCCUACUAAUGAGGUUAACCGGCACUCUGUGGCAUCAGAGAAGUCGGAGAUAAUCAUAGAAGAUCCUUAUUCUUUUCUUGACGAAGCUGAUGAACUGUCGCCAUCUGUUACAAGCACUCCUGUCUUGGAAGAAGUAUAUCCUGAAUUGCCCUCGCCUCCAUUAUAUGUUGAGCUGGACGAUGAACAGAAAAGAAAUAUUAGGAAAAUUGCAGUGGAGUCCAUCAUUGAUUCUCACAAACAUUUAAAUGGCACAGACUACACGCAGACGUGGAUGUCACUGGUUGCUCGAUUGGUUGCUCAGAUUGAUGCGGAUGAGGAUGUGGUGAUGAUGAUGCUAAAGCACAUUGGGUCAGACUACCAACAUCAGAAGGGGCAUGAGCUUGUGAUGCAUGUUUUAUACUAUUUGAAUACUUUAAUGCUAUCAGAUUCUGUUGCACACUCUUCUCUUGCAUCUGGUGCAUAUGAAAAGUUUCUCCUUGGGGUGGCUAGGUCUUUGCUUGACACAUUACCAACAACUGAUAAGUCUUUUAGUCGACUUCUUGGCGAAGUUCCUUAUUUGCCUGAUACGGUGUUGAAACUUCUGAAUGAUGUCUGCUGUUCUGAUCACGGAUUGAGAAAAGAUGCUCGUGAUGGUGAUCGUAUCACUCAGGGUCUUGGUGCAGUUUGGAGUCUAAUUUUGGGGCGUCCGGCCAAUCGGCAAGCCUGCUUGGAUAUAGCUCUCAAGUGUGCAGUCCAUUCACAGGAUGAUAUUCGUGCGAAAGCUAUCCGACUGGUGACAAACAAACUCUAUGUGAUCAGUUACAUCUCAGAAGAUAUUGAACAAUUUGCAACAAAUAUGUUGUUAUCAACCAUGGAUCAAAAUAUGUCAAAUAAUGUGCUUUCACAAUCGGGAGACGCUGCGCAAAGGACAGAAAGAGAGCUUGGUAGCCAAGAAACUUCAACAAGUGGUUCUCAACUAUCAGAGCCAGGAACUGCCGAAAAUGAAUCUGCAAAGGGUGAUACACAAAGUGAUGUGUUGGUGUCAUUUGCACAAGCUCAGCAACAUAUUUCUUUAUUUUUUGCUUUAUGUACGAAGAAGCCUGCUCUUCUACAAGUCGUAUUUGAUAACUAUUCCCGUGCACCAAGAGCUGUUAAGCAGGCUAUUCAUCGUCAUAUUCCUAUUUUUGUAAGGGCCCUAGGGUCAUCAUAUUCUGAAUUGCUCCAUAUUAUAUCUAAUCCGCCACAAGGAAGUGAAAAUCUUCUGACCCAGGUGUUAAAUGUUUUGUCAGAAGGCACAGUCCCGUCUGCUGAUUUGGUUGCAACUGUUAGACGUCUGUAUGAGACUAAACUCAAGGAUGCUACAAUUCUUAUUCCAAUGUUGCCUUCCUUUGCCAAAAAUGAGGUUUUACCAAUAUUUCCUCGUCUGGUUGAUCUUCCACUGGAUAAAUUUCAAACAGCACUUGCUAACAUACUACAGGGCACAGCUCAGACUGGUGCUGCACUGACACCAGCAGAGGUGUUGGUUGCAAUUCAUGACAUUAAUCCUGAGAGAGACGGCCUUGUUCUCAAAAAGAUAACAGAUGCAUGCUCAGCUUGUUUUGAGCAGAGGACAGUUUUUACACAGCAGGUCUUAGCAAAGGCUUUAAACCAGAUGGUGGAUCAAACUCCUCUUCCUAUGCUUUUUAUGAGGACAGUAAUCCAGGCUAUCGAUGCUUAUCCUACUCUGGUUGAUUUUGUCAUGGAAUUACUCCUGAAACUUGUAGAUAAACAGGUCUGGAGAAUGCCUAAAUUAUGGGUUGGGUUUCUGAAAUGCGUCUCUCAGACGCAACCACAUUCUUUCCGUGUCCUGUUGCAGCUGCCAUCACCACAACUUGAAGGUGCUCUUAAAAAAUUUUCUAGCCUGAGAAGUCCUCUUGCUGCUUAUGCAAACCAACCUAGCAUAAAAACUUCACUACCUAGAGCAACUGUAGCAUUACUUGGUCUUGCAAAUGAAAGAAACAUGCAGCAGCCACAUCGCCAACCAUCUCUGCAUUCUUCGGAGCAAAGCUCCUCAAUUCAUGGUGCAACACCAACGUGAUAAACCGAGACUAUUCUUCAGAUCUAGAACUCAAGAGCAAUGCUGUUGAUGACUAAUCCCAGGUUCCAUGAGCGAUAUCAGUGCAAUUUUGGGCGAGAUAUUUUUUGCCACGGAUCACUGCACCUGCAGGUCCAUCCGAGUGGAAUGGCAGUUGGAGAAAAAGUCACCACUCAUCCCUUCGUAGGUGCAUGCUUGCUCAAUGUAUCAUAGUUGUAUCUUGUUUGUAAUAUUAGUUUUGGUAAGAAGUAAUAAACCAACUUUAAUUGUAACUCUUUGUGUAUUGUUUAGGCAGGAUACCCUCAGUAGUAGAGAAGUAAAGAUUAGUAGUUUUCUGCCAAAUCAUAUUCAAUAUAACAGCUUUCCUUUAAGGAGAAGGAAUGUGGAUUACACGAUGAAUGAGAAAAUGGAUGGAUCAUUCUCAGGAGA